AUGUUUGCGUCGUUAAAAAAUAAGAUAAAAGAAGAAACUGGCAACGAUGUGGCACCGCUUUCCGUCAUCAGAUCGCGCCGCCACGCGGAAUCACUGACCAGCGCCAGCUCGAUUGACGAGCUGAGCGUGCUCGAGCAGAAGGAUGCUGAACUGAGUGCUACCCGCGUGGAGCUGCAAGAACUGGCCAACCACCUGCACGGCUUUCGGGAGCAAGUUCGCCUGCUGGAGGAAUCCAAGGCAGGCCUGGAGCAGGCAAAUAAGGCGCUCGAAGAAAAACUACACGCAAGCCAAGUGCAGCGCGAACUGCAACGCGAGGAGCAGGACAAGAUACAAAACUUCCAGCAGCAGGAAAUAUCGAAGCUGAAAAGUAUGCUGCUGUUCCGCGAGCAGGAGGCCGUCGAUCGAAUAUCGCAUCAGAAGACGGCUGAGCAGCAGGUUGAAAGCUUGCGGCAUGAGUUGAGCCGCCUGAGAGGGCUGGAGCCGAUGCUGGAAAAUGCACAGGAUGAGCUGGAAAACCUACGCCACUCGUCGCAGUGCGAGCGCACCAACCUGGUCUCGACACUGGCGGCCGUGGAGGAAGCAAACCGGCAUCUGAAGAGCCGCAUCCAGGUACUGGAAGAUACGCGGGUAUCGCUGACGACCAACGGUAGCAGUAUCGACGAGAAGAUUCAAU